AUGUCAGACGAAGAUGGAGAUUGGGAUGAGCGGCCGCAGACGCUGAACCUGAAAGCGGCAAGCAAGAAGGCGAAGCGGCCCCUCGGUGCCGCUGCUGUUGCAGGUGGAAAUGAAGCGGAGGAGAACGGCGAAGAGGACGGCAUGCAGUUGCUUACCAACGGAAGAGACUUUUCUUUCCUGCAUCUCAAGCGCGACCACUCAAGCCGUCCCUUGUGGAUCAGUCCAGACGAUGGGCAUAUCAUUCUUGAAGCCUUCAGCCCAAUCGUCGAGCAAGCACAGGACUUUCUGACUGCGAUUGCCGAACCUGUCUCCCGUCCGACGUUCGUACACGAAUUCAAGCUCACGCCAUACAGCUUGUACGCCGCCGUGUCCGUUGGAUUGGUGCCAAGCGACAUCAUCGAGGUGCUCAAUCGACUUUCAAAGGUCCCGAUUCCACAAAGCGUGCUUGACUUCAUUACUGAUUGCACAGCGAGCUUUGGCAAGAUCAAACUGGUUCUCAAACAAAACAAGUACUUUGUGGAAAGCGGGCAUCCCGACAUCUUGCAAAAGCUGCUGCGCGACGCGGUGAUCGCCGCUGCACGAGUCAGGGACUCGACCGCAGGGAGCAACAGCAAGGGUGGUUUAGGCACGGAAGUUUUAGGUCGCGCGCAGGCGCCGAAAAAGGGAGAUCUUGUCAUUGCUGGCACAGACAAAGCUGCGCAAAAAGCCCGCAUAGGAAAGCCGGGUGCGUCGGGCCCUGCACUGGGAUCAGAGGAUGCUGCGCAAAGGGAAACGGAGGCCGACCUCUUCAGCGCUAUCAUUGGGGUUGACGAAGCAGACGAUCUGGACGAGGACGACACUGUGCACUCAUUUGAGAUUGAAGAGCAGCACAUCGAAGACGUCAAAAAGCGCUGCAAUGAGAUCGGCCUCCCGAUGCUUGAGGAGUACGACUUCCGUAACGACCAGCUUAACGCGAACCUUGACAUCGACCUGAAGCCCAUCACGCACAUUCGGCCAUACCAAGAGAAAUCGCUCAGCAAGAUGUUCGGCAAUGGUCGAGCGAGGAGCGGUAUCAUCGUGCUUCCAUGCGGAGCGGGCAAGACCUUAGUCGGUAUCACUGCGGCCUGCACCAUCAAGAAAAGCUGCUUGGUGCUGUGCACCAGCUCCGUCAGUGUCGCGCAAUGGAAGCAGCAGUUCCUUCAAUGGAGCAACAUCCAAGACAACCAAAUCUCCAUGUUCACUGCAGACUCAAAAGAGAAGUUUUCUGGCGCUUCCGGCAUCGUCGUGUCUACGUAUUCGAUGGUAGCGAACACCGGCAAGCGAUCGUACACGUCACAGAAGAUGAUGAAUUUCUUAGAGAGUCGAGAGUGGGGUUUCAUCUUGCUCGACGAGGUGCAUGUAGUGCCCGCUAGCAUGUUUAGGCGCGUCUUGACCAAGAUCAAGGCUCACAGCAAACUGGGCUUGACUGCUACACUGGUGCGAGAAGAUGACAAGAUCGACGAGCUGAACUUCUUGGUCGGCCCUAAACUCUAUGAAGCCAACUGGAUGGACCUUGCAGCCAAAGGCCAUAUCGCCACUGUUCAGUGCGCAGAAGUCUGGUGUCCGAUGACGCCCGAAUUUUACCGGGAGUACCUCCGCGAGAAGUCGCGUAAAAAGAUGCUUCUUUAUUGCAUGAACCCACAGAAGUUUCAGGCGUGUCAAUUCUUGAUCAACUAUCACGAGAACCGUGGCGACAAGAUCAUCGUCUUCUCCGACAACGUCUUCGCCCUGAAAGCAUAUGCGGAAAAGCUGAUGAAGCCAUAUAUCCAUGGAGGGACGCCGCAGGUAGAGCGCAUGCGCGUACUGCAGCACUUCCAGCACAAUCCUGCCGUCAGCACCAUCUUUUUAUCGAAGGUUGGGGACACGUCGAUCGAUCUGCCAGAAGCUACCUGCUUGAUACAAAUCUCGUCUCAUUUCGGUUCGCGAAGACAGGAGGCCCAGCGCCUCGGUCGUAUCCUCCGAGCCAAGCGAAGGAAUGAUGAGGGGUUCAACGCAUUCUUCUACAGCCUCGUGUCGAAAGACACUGCAGAGAUGUUUUACUCGACCAAGAGGCAACAGUUCCUGAUCGAUCAAGGCUACUCUUUCCGAGUCAUCACACAUCUUGUUGGCCAGGACGAGCUGCCGGACCUGGCUUACAAGACGCAGCAAGAACAGACGGAACUCUUGCUCAGUGUGUUGAUCGCCAACGAAUCGGCAGCUGAUAUCGGCUCGGACAUGACUGGCAGCGAAUGGCGUGGUGGCGGUGGGGUCGGGGGUUCGUCUCAGCGCCAGAUUGGCGGUGUGCUCAAGGAUGGCAAGGUGCCACAGGCGCGACGCACGAUGGGCAGCAUGAAUGCGCUCAGCGGCGCACAAAACAUGUCGUACAUCGAGCGCAAUCGGCCGGCGAACAAGGGUCUCUUGAAGGACAAGUCGAGACACAAGAUGUUCCAGAAACGGUCGGGCCAGUUCAAAGACAAGAACUGA